GAUGUGUGUGUCUUCCCUAUGCUACAGGUGGUUCAAGACUGCGGGAGUCCCCAGCGGGGGUCGACCCGCACUCGCCGAGCUCCAGCCACCUGGGAAGAGGCAGGUUGGCCCUGGAAGUCGGGGGCGCAGCGGGUGCCGGAGGUGCAUCCCACGUCGUCUGGGGGCGCCAGCCUGCGCCAGAUGGUGUGGGAGCUCAAUGAGCGGCUGAGCCGGCUGCGGGGCUUCUGGACCAAGCUGCCGCUGGCGGUGUGCGCAGACGCCCGCAUGGCGGCGGACAUCUCCCAGGACGCAAUGCCCUGCUGGACCGGCGCGGGGCGGGGCCGGUACAUGGCACCCGUGGUCGGCACCUCCUCGGAGCUGCUGGAGAACCCUGAGCUGGACGGCGAGAACCCGAGCCCCGACCUCCCGACGCGGCGGCGGCGCCUGCAGCUGCGGUCGGCCACCACUAGGAUGAAGGCGGCGGCGCUGGGGCGCGACCUGGAGCUGGAGGAAUGGGAUGAGGAUGCCAGCGGCUCUGGAGAGGGACAACACUUUGCAGAUGACUGGAUGGCCGGGGCAGCAGUGGUGCCCGCCCCAGCCCGGCCUCCUCGACCUCCUCGAAGGGAGGGUGCUGGGGGCAAAGGAGGAGGUGUCAUUAUCCGCCACAACCAGGACGCUGACAGAGGCAAAAAUCUGCCAACUCAGGGAAGCAGGGCUGUGAGCAGGCCCAGGGAAUGCCCCCCACUUCCAGCCCUCACCUCCUGUGGCUGCACAGUGCCUCCUCUCCUCCUGCAGUCUGCGCCUCGGCUCUGGGCCCUGAGUCCCCGCAGCGACCCCCACCCCCUGGGCCACAUGGGCUCACGGUCUCCAAGUAGGACCCUUCGCCUCUGGGGACCUCGGAGCCUGGGGGUAGCUCUGGGGGUCUUCAUGACCAUCGGAUUCGCCCUCCAGCUCUGUGGGGGACCUUUCCAGAGAAGGCUCCCUGGGUUGCAGCUGCUCCAGCCCUGGACUUCGUCCCCACAGCCGGCCAGCCUGUCCUGCCCCCCUCGGCAGCACCUGGUCUUCCUAAAGACUCAUAAAUCAGGGAGCAGCUCUGUGUUGAACCUUCUGCACCGCUACGGGGACCGCCACGGGCUGCGCUUCGCCCUCCCCGCCCGCUACCAGUUUGGCUAUCCCCGGCCCUUCCAGGCCUCUCGGGUUAAAGGCUAUCACCCCCAGGAUGAGGGCACCCCAUCCUCCUUCCACAUCCUCUGCCACCACAUGAGGUUCAACUUGAAAGAGGUCCUCCGAGUCAUGCCUUCUGACAGCUUCUUCUUUUCCAUUGUGCGAGAUCCUGCAGCGAUGGCCCGAUCCGCCUUCUCCUACUACAGAUCCACCUCACCUGCCUUCCGCAAGGCGCCCUCCCUGGCUGCCUUCCUGGCCAAUCCUCGAGCCUUCUACCAGCCUGGCGCCCGUGGGGACCACUAUGCACGCAACUUGCUGUGGUUUGACUUUGGCCUCCCCAUCCCCCCGGAGAUGAGGCCCCAGAGAGGGAAUCUUCAGCCCCCCAACCCCCCUUACACUCCAGACCCCAAUGCUCUGUUCCAGCCUGCUCCCACGAUGGCCCAGGGGCAUGGCCAGACGUCCAGCCCUGCCUCAGUGUCCUCAUCCUUCAUGCAGUGGAGUCUGGCCUGGCUGGACUCCGUUUUCGACCUGGUGUUGGUGUCCGAGUACUUUGACGAGUCCUUGGUUCUGCUGGCUGAUGCGCUGUGCUGGGAGCUGGAUGAUGUGGUGGGCUUCAUGCAUAAUGCCCAGGCCUGGGGGCAGCCGGCGGAGGAGGACGGGCAGCUGGCAGCGCGGGCCCGGGCGUGGAACAGCCUGGACUGGACUCUGUACCUGCACUUCAAUCGCAGCCUGUGGGCGCGGGCCAAGCAGUAUGGCCGAGGCCGGCUGGAAAGCGCGGUUGCUGAGCUCCGGGCCCGGCGGGAGGCCCUGGCUAAGCACUGUCUGGUGGGUGGCAAGGCCCUGGACCCCCAGUACAUCACUGACCGCAGGUUCCGUCCCUUCCAGUUUGGCUCAGGGAAGGUGCUGGGCUAUGUCCUUCGGAGUGGACUGAGCUCUCAAGCUCAGGAGGAGUGUGAGCUACUGGCCACCCCUGAGCUGCAGUAUAAGGACAAGCUGGAUGCCAAGCAGUUCCCCCCCACAGCCGCUCUGCCCCUCAAGACCUCAAGCCUCCUCUCCCCAUAGGCAUCAAGGUACUAAGUCUCAGGAUGAAGAGCAACUAGACUAGAUGGGUGCUUGGGAUCAGCAGGGUAGAUGCUGCCUGCUCCCUAGGGCAUAAAUGAAACUGGAGGUGGGAAUGCAGCUAAUCCCCCAGCCCUCAUCAAGGCCGCCCUACCCACCCUGGGAGCCCUUCCCUCCCUCUGGUCCCAGGUCAGAUAGAUCUGUGUAGGUGUUUGCAAACCCCCUGGAGGAGUACCUCUUGGAGUUGGGGAGGAAGUGAAAUUUGGAGAUGGGAAUGACUUGUCCAUGUCUCUAGGAAAGAUAUGUUCCUGGGUCAUGUGCAUUUCACUCUGGAACAAAUGAAUAAAUAAAUGACUUGAAACUUCGA